AAAUAUACUUGUUUUCCCUCCUCUUCUCUGUUGAAGAAUAUAUCAUUUUUCGAUACAGAUAAGAAACUUUCUGUGGUUUUUGACACAGUCGUUGGUGUUACGUCCAUGGAAACCCACAAGGAGGAAGAAGAGGAUCAGGAAGCGGUAAACUUCGGGAGAUCAUUGCUAGUACCAAGUGUUCAAGAACUUGCAAAGCAGCCCCUAACCAAGAUCCCACUUCGAUAUGUGCGCCAAUUUCAUCACCAACCUCUCUCCGAUGAUACGACUCCAUCUGUGCCGGUCAUCGAUCUUCACACUUUACUUGAAACCGCUUCUGGAUCUUCAACGUACUCCUCUGAGCUCAAUAAGCUUCAUACAGCUUCUAAACAAUGGGGUUUCUUCCAGGUUAUAAACCAUGGAAUAAGUGAGUCCUUGCUAGAGGAUUUUAAGAGGGAAGUCUUGAACUUCUUCAAGCUUCCAAUGGAGGAGAAACAAAUGCUUUGGCAGAAAGCAGAUAACCAUGAAGGUUUUGGUCAGCUAUUUGUUGUAUCAGAGGAGCAGAAGCUUGACUGGUCUGACAUGUUUUACAUAACUACCCUUCCACACAAUCUCAGGAAAUCCCAACUAUUUCAGAAGUUGCCUCUCAUCCUCAGGGAGAAGUUGGAAGCUUAUUCUAAGGAAAUGAAGAAGCUAGCAAUGGCCAUCUUGGGUCAAAUGGCUAAGGCUCUCGAGAUGGAUGGAGAUGAAAUGAGAGAGUUGUUUCACGAUGGUGUGCAAUCAAUAAGGAUGAAUUAUUAUCCCCCAUGUCCCGAGCCAGAACUGGCUUUGGGAUUUUCCCCACACUCCGAUGCAGAUGCUUUAACGAUCCUCUAUCAACUAAACCAAACAGAGGGCCUCCGAAUUCGAAAAGAUGGAAAAUGGGUAGCUAUUAAACCUCUACCAAAUGCCUUAGUAGUCAACAUUGGAGACAUAAUGGAGAUUGUAAGUAAUGGCGUGUAUAAGAGCAUUGAGCAUCAAGCAACUGUGACCUCAAAUAACGAGAGGUUUUCGGUAGCAACAUUCUACAGCUCCAAUAUGGGUACCGAAUUAGGCCCUGCACGAAGCCUUGUUGCAAAACAUAAAGUAGCUAACUUCCGGCGAGUCCCUCUUGAGGAAUACAUCAAGGGAUUUUUUGCUCAGAAGCUCAAUGGAAAAUCAUACCUGGAUUUUAUGAAACUGUAAGAAAACAUUACUUAUGUAUAUUUUAGGGGUUUGAUUUGCAGGAUUUGGUGGGAUUUCCAUUCCAAUCCUGCGGUUUAAAAGAAAGCCCGGAAUUGAAGUCCCAGGAUUUCAAUGAAAUAUCACAAACAUGGGAUUCAAUGGAAUCAUGUUUUAAAAUAUGUUAAAAAACUUAUUUUGGAAUAAUCAAUUAAUAGAAGAUAAUUUAAUUAUUUUAUAUUUUCUUGUAAUUUGUUUUUAUAUAUUAUUUAUAGAGAAUGGAAUUCAAUUCCAUUCGAAAUCUUACAUACC